AAGACAUAAUUUAAAUUUAAAAAUAAAAUACCUCAAAUAACUGUGAAGAAAAUGAACUGUGAAAUAGUUUCUUACAUACUCGACGUGCUCAAAAAUUUCAAUGACAAAAGUCUCAUUUUAAAGGGUUUGGUCAAGCUCCGGACAGAUUUGGUCAAAGACCUUGACGGCAUUGUGAUGUUCCAUCAGUGUAGUGGCAUUCCACUGAUGGUGCGAUUCCUAAACAAACCCCACGAGCAGAUUCUGGAAGUUGUUUUGAGCAUUCUGGGGAAUUGCUGCACAAAUGUCGACUGCUGCAAUGAGGCUUUGGACAGUAAAAUUGCCAUACCAUUGGCAACGAUUCUCAAGGGCAUCCCGAAUGCUUUAAUUCAGUACCGAGCUUGUAGGCUUCUCGGAAACCUUGCCAAAGUAGACAGCUCUAAGUUACUCUCCACCAAUUGUCAAGCAAUAGCUUUGGUAGUCUUGCAAAUAAUAGAAGAGAGCGAUGACGUGCAAACACAGAUUAUGUGCUUUAGAGCAUGCCGAUUCCUUGUGGCUGAAGAGAAGUUUUCGAGGCACUUCUUCAAGUGGGAUGGGUUCACUCUGAUCUUGAAGACCCUAGUGGCAGUGAUGAAAAACAAAACAAUUCCCGAGCCGCUGCCAGAGUUGCCACAGAAGGUAGGUGGUCCGAAGACGAACCAACAUCCAGAUUACAUUAUGCCUACGGAAAAGUCGAAUGUUGAUUUGGCCAGUGAAAUUCUUAAGUGUCUGCUCAUCAUCUCCGAGAUCAAUUUGAAUUUUCAAGCUUGGGAGGACGUCAAUAGAACCAAUAGUCUUGCUGCAGUGGUGUUCUUUGCCUCCAAAGAGAAUCCCUAUCGAGCGAUAGCUCUUAAGAUCCUAUCGAAUUUCUCUAAGAAUCCAAGUGCAAUUUACGCCUUGGGUACUGCCGAUGCUAUUGAUUCGGCAUGCGAGCUUCUCAUUUACCGGAAUAUGCCAAAGCCUCUAUCUGAGAGUGAAAUCAGAGACUGCAUGAAUGUGAUUUGUAUGCUGUCAGAAGAUGCUUGCAACCGAUCGAAAAUGCGACGAUCAGGAACCAUCGGUAAACUCUUGGACAACGCAAGAACUUUCAAAUCACACUCAGAGAUUUCAUCGAUACUUUAUGUCCUUAAUAAUUUUCAAUAUGACAACAUUAGCAUGGAUUUGAUGUUACGUGAAAUAUUGAUUGGUAUUUUAAUUACCGAACUUGAAUCUUAUCUGCAUAGUGACGAUAUUUAUCGUAAAAGAAAACGGGAAGAGAAAAAAAACACCUCAAAGAAACGAAAAUUGCCAGAAAUUUCUGCAGAAUUUGUGUGUAAGACCCAAAAACUCGGUGACGAAUCGAAUUACGACAACGAACCACCAUGUAGCUCAUCUCGUUCUAUUGUGUCACCAUCGAGUCCUUGUAGCUUGAAAGAGGUGUCACCCAUAGGAGGUGGUUUUAAAGUAAGCUCAGAAACGGAUUCCGAAUCGGAUACAUAUUCACCCGUGAGUAGCGAUGAUGAAAGCAUCGAUGACGAUGAUAAUAUAAAGACUGAUCCACAUUAUUCUGAUAUAAUGAAACUAUUGGACAUAGCUUGUAAGUCGGAAGUUAAUUUAGAAGAUAACGCACUAGACAAAGAAGACGAUGAAGAUGAAAGCCAAGAUGUGCCACCAUUUAAAUUGCUAAAAGUAGGAAACAGCACAAUAGAUAUAAUUGAGAAUCUUUUAUACCGAGUGACGCUAUUAAAUAAUAAGGGAGCUGAACUGAGCAAGCCAGAGACGCUGUUUACCCUCAUAGAAGCUAUCAAUACCUUCGGACUCAAUAAUUGUUUUUGCGGAUCACUAACGAAUAUUCUGUCGGAAAGUCAGUUCUUCGCUCAAGUUAUCAAACUAGGUGUGGCUAACCAGCUCUUCCAAAUGACAAAAGUCGAUGAACUUAAAACAGGAGGUAUUGGUUUCCUUCAAACUCUCACCAAUGUGGGAGAAACAAAUUAUGCCAAGGGUGAACUGGCUCGUUUGCUACGCUCCGACGACGCCAGCCAAAAACGGGCUUCCAUAGCAGUUGGAUUUAUUAUAAAAAACCAUAGAAUACUCUACCAUCUACUGACCGAGUGCAGUGUGCUCUUUACUCUCAUCAACAUGAUCCUCACUGAAGACAGUGAAUUCACCACUGAAGCUGUUGAGGCUCUCACCGCGAUGAGCCAAUCUACCCUCGAAAUCGCCAUACCUCACAGUGACAAGGAAUUAUUCGAUUAUGAUCAAAUCUUUGACGAUCAGAAUCCAACUGCAGAAUCGUACGACUGUGAUAUGAAAUUCAUCGUGCACCACAACGACGAAGAGUUUUCUGUGAGCUUCAACAAAAAGCUCCUCACAGACGUGAGCGAAGUGUUUAACUGCAUGUUAAAUAGUGACUUCCGAGAAGGCAAUGAGGGCGAAAUUCAUUUGAAAGCCUAUUCUGCCAGUGGUCUGCGAUAUUUCCUCAAUCUCAUCGAGCUUCGUUCCCAAAAUAAGCCACCUAACAUUUCACCUGUAGAAAAGUACAAAUCAGUAAUCGAAGCAUUUGAGCUAUCUCGAGUGUACAUUAUACCCGAGCUAGAGAAGGUCAUAUUUAAUGUUAUGGUUUUUCUAUUGGACGAAACAAAUUGCCAAAGUGUAUUUGAAUGGUCAAUGAAGAACUACCAUGUCGAACUCACCGAAAUUGCCAUAAAUUAUUACUUGUGCUCAAACAUUGACGCGCACAACAAAAUUAAGUUAUUUAGGAAAGCUGGCUUUUCCAUGUACUCGAAAGAAUGGAAUCAAAUGAUAACGGAUGUGGUUCUAGUGCGGUGCAAAGAUACUCCUUAAGCUAUCAUAAAUUAAAUAUUGUAAUAUUCGGCUCGGUCCGAUAAUUAUGACUUAUUCACACUUGUAAA